AUGCCUGAUGUUAGUCAUACUGUCAAUGUCUCGCGAGACGGUAGAUAUGUUUUUGCAACAGGUAGCUACAAGUCAUGGUUAAAGUGCUACGAUCUCGAGAACCUUUCACUGAAGUUUCAGCGCGGUCUCGAUGCAGCCGUUAUCAAGAUGAUCCCACUGAGUGAUGACUAUUCCAAAAUAGUGCUCUUGCAAGAAGAUCGUUUUCUUGAAAUGCAUGCAGCGUUUGGAAGAUAUUUUCGUAUGCGCAUGCCACGAUUUGGUAGGGAUAUGGCGUUUUCGAUCGAGCGAAGUGAUCUUUUCCUUGUUGGUGCGAGUUCUGAGGUCUACCGAUUGAAUUUGGAGUUAGGAGAAUGGCUCUCUCCUCUUCAGACUAAUGGAUCGGCUUUGAACUGCUGUCAGUUUUGCAGUACCGCAAACAUCAGCGGGAAGCCAGAAAUCUCUUCCUUGAAGUUUCGCGAUGCUCUGCGGUUAGCAGUGGACCGAUACAGGGGCAGAGAAAGCGAAAAUUUGGUGCUAAGUAUGGAUGGUCGGGUUCUCAAAAUAUGGAACGAAAUUGAAGGGAAGCCAUUUGCUGCCAUCGAGACAGAGCACGCGCUCAACGAUUUCUGUCGGUAUCCUGACUCAGGCCUGAUAUUUAUGGCUAAUGAAGCUCCUCGUAUGCAACAAUUCUUCAUUCCUUCUAUUGGCACUGCUCCGAAAUGGUGUUCUUAUCUUGAAGCGUUGACGGAGGAAUUGGAAGAAACUCAGUCGGCCACUGUAUAUGACGAUUACAAGUUUGUCACGAAGGAGGAAUUAGACCAACUGAGUCUUUCGCAUUUGAUUGGAAGCUCUGUAUUGAGAGCCUAUAUGCAUGGUACUUCCUGGAUCGGAAGGCUGUACGAGAAAGCACAACUUAUCACGCAACCAUUUGCCUACGAGAAGUAUAAGAACCGUAAAGUUCAAGAUAUUAUGCAUCAAGAGCGCGAAAAUAGAGUUAUCAUCAGCAAGACGGAAGUCAGUCAGCCUAAAGUAAACAAAGAACUCGCGGCGCGAUUGAGAGCAGAAGCAGAAGCGGCAGCUGAAAGUAUAGGCAAUAAGUCAGCAAAGAAGAAGAAGAUCGAGAAAAAGAAGGCCUCGACAGCGGCAGUUAUUCUUCAAGAUGACCGCUUCAAAAAAUUGUUCGCCGAUGAAGAUUUCGAGGUGGAUCAAAAUUGUGAGCUGUUCAAGAGAAACGUUGCCAUACAACGAAAGGAAAGCUCAGGAAAAGUUAAGGAGAUUAUGCAUGACGAUCAGGAUGACAAGGAUGAAGAAAUCAUUGAACAGUCUGAGUUACCUGAUAUUGAUGACUUGAACGAAACGACCUCCAAAAGGAUUAGGAGUGCUGCCAGCAGUAGUAGUGAUGAUGACAGUGAGACCGAUGAAGAAACACUACCACAAAAGAAGAGGAGGGAAAGGGAGAAAGCUCGUCGAAAACUGGAAAGACGUGAGCGUCAAAAGCAGCUUUACGAAGAGAAAACAUUAGAGAGGGAAGCGGAGAGAACGGCUAGAUUGAUAAACAAACCGAAGAAAUUUGUUCUCCAUGAGCUCGAUUCUGCAGAGGGUGCACGACGGUUCUUGGACGAACACGUGAAGGAGACUGCCGUUGAGGAGGAGUCAUCGAGCUUAGCGUCGAAGAAGUCGCGCUUGCAGCAACAAGGCGAGUUUGACGAACAUGAAGAUGUGUUCGGAGAGCGCUCAAUAACAUUCAGUCUGAAGAAGCGAGGCGCAUCGGCAAGGGAAGCUAAAGCAAUGGAAGAGAGGAAGAAGCAUAAAAAGGAAAGGAGAGAAGAGACCGUUCCCGCACCCCUACGGUGA